ACAGGGGUGUUGAGAUUGGGCCUUGUUAAAAGUGGGUCAGGCCUCGACAGGAAGUGACCCGGUCCUUAAGCAGAGACACAGGAAGCUGGAGGGUCAGUCAGAAACUGGGGGUGGAAAAACCCCCUCUGGCUACCUUUUCCUGUUGUUGUGCGUGUCGUGUAACCCCUGGUCGUGUCAAGCAGCGACCCGAGGGUCGCCGUUUUGGGUUUUGGGGGGAAGCCAGGAUUCCUGCUUGGAGGGUCUUGUUUUCCUAAUCCUGAGACACGUUUGAAAGCAACGCUCAGGAAAUCAUUUUUGCCCACUGUAACAUUCCUGUCCGCGGGGAUAUCUGUAUGCUGAGGUGGUUCUGGAACAGGAAAUAUUUUCGCACCAGAGAAUGUUAACGCCUGGAGAUUUUUAUUUAUUUUUAUUGAUGAACCUAAAUUCUCACAUGGUAUUUGUAUCUUUGCCCCCCCCCCCCUUCCACCCCUCUUCCCUCCCCCAGGUCUGUUCCUGAUCCUGGGCCUGAUGCUGUACCCAGCGGGCUGGGGUUCAGACAAGGUGCAGCUGUACUGCGGGGCGGACGCCGGUCCCUACCAGGCCGGACUCUGCUCCAUGGGCUGGGCCUUCUACACGGCCAUGGGCGGCACCGUGCUCACGUUCGUGUGCGCCGUGUUCUCCGCCCAGGCCGAGAUCGCCACGUCCAGCGACAAGGUGCAGGAGGAGAUCGAGGAGGGCAAGAGCCUCAUCUGCCUUCUCUGAGAUUCGCGGGAGAAAGAUCAGGCUUCCCCUCCUUCUCCUCCUCCCCCCCCCCCCCCUCCCUGCCUCGGGGGGCCAAGCUGUCAGUCCGAGAGAGAGAGAGCCCGUCGCGAUGUUUACCACUAAGACUGACUCUCUUCGAUUUUGUGUGUUGUGUCGAUGUGGGAGAGAAUUCUACAGUGCCAAGCUCUUUCCAAUGUGUGUACUUCCUCCUCCUGCCACUAGAGGUGCUGUACGUCUGUCUCGUGUGUUGGUCGUUAUGUGUUUUUUUUUCAUUGUGGGUGCAAGAGUACCAGAUUUCCUGUAGCUGUGUGUUGUGUAAAUAAGUGUGUAUAUACUGUACAUAGGAAUGAUCGGAGGAGAAUGGCCUUUGUGCCGCUGUGUCGAUUAUGUCACUCUUGCCUUGAAAUACUGGUCUUUUGUAGUUCUCAUCUGACCAGUAAACCUGGAGCUAGUCUAGUGUUCAUAAGCCAGGUUAUGUGAGUAACUUAAGGGAACCACUACUCAGUCUAAAUAAACUACUCACAGAAAAGGCCUUAGUUUUGCAUGGAUCUCAAAGCUUACAGAAUGUACUGUCAUUAAAAUGACCAAUUGUUGUGUUCUUGGACCCUUGAAAUGUAUUGGUGGGACGUUUUUUCCGGCGAUGCUUCACAAAAACCUGCAUAGGAGCAAACCGAGAACUAGGGUGGGUGUGUGUGUGUGUGUGAGAGAGAGACUGCUUGCCUCCAUGUUUGCGAAUUCUGAGAUGACCUCCCGUCGACCCCAACCCACGCUCUCUUGAACGAUGGUGCUGGCCUGGUCUCUCUCGGGUCCUCCUUAAUAGGCAUCCCAAACUCUGUGGACUACGAGCUUGGAAGUGGCUGAAGGCUACACACAAAUGAAGUAUUAUAAUUAUUGUGUGAGCCUAGUUUCAGGGAGGUGCCUUAAUGCCAACCACAGAACUGGAGUUUGUUGAGUCAUCUCAAUGUCCCAAUGUGUCUCUGCCAAAUCAAUAAAGAUAAUGAACACGA